AUCUUCUUACCAAAGUUCCAGCCCAAACCCAACUCCCGCCAUGUCCACCACCACCACCUCCGCCGCCGGAACGGCAACCCCCACUUCCCCACCCCAAAUUCUAAUCCCACCACUCCCAAACGAUAUCAGCAUAAACAUCCUAGCAAGAAUCCCCCGCUCCCACCACCCAUUCCUCUCCUCACUUUCCAAAUCAUUCCGCUCUCUCCUCUCCUCCCCUCUCUAUUACACAGCUCGCUCACUGCUCAACGCCACCCAACCACUUCUCCAUCUCGCAAUCCGCUUCCCCACCACAACAACCCUACACUGGUUCACUCUACGCCAAAACCCACAACAAAAUUCCAAACAUCUCCUCGCCAAAUUACCUCCAACUCCCUCUCCUUUAUCUGGGUCUGCAAUUGUCUCACUCGGACCCAAAAUUUACGUGAUCGGCGGCUGUUUCAAAGAUAUACUGUCCUCCCACGUGUGGACCUUCGACUUCAGGUUCCACACGUGGGAAGUCGCGCCGAGUAUGAACAUUUCCCGGGAGUUUGCUGCUGCUGGUGUCGUGGAAGGAAAGAUUUACGUGAUUGGCGGGUGUAUUGUCGAUACCUUUGCCCGGUCUAAGUACUGGGCGGAGGUUUUUGAUCCGAAGGUGGGACAUUGGGAAGGUGUUGAUAGUGUUGAAGAGAGUGUAUUUCGGGAGAAAUGGAUGCACGGUAGUGCUGUUAUUAAUGGGAGGAUUUACGCGAUGGGGGAUCGGAAUGGGGUUGUUUAUGAACCUCGGAGUGCGAAAUGGGAGUGUGUCGGGGUUGAAUUGGAUUCGGGGUGGCGAGGGAGGGCGUGUGUGGUUGAUGGGGUUUUGUUUAGUUAUGAUUUUUUAGGGAAGAUUAAGGGUUUUGAUGUGGAGAGAGAUUGUUGGAUGGAGUUGAGAGGUGUCGAGAAGGCGUUGCCGAGAUUUUUGGCUGGGGCCACCAUGGCGAAUGUCGGGGGGAAAUUGGUGGUGGCUUGGGAGAAAGGGAAUGGAAGUGGGAAGGAGAUUGAGAUUUGGUGUGCUGAAAUUGAGGUGGAGAAGCAGGGGGAGAAGAAUGAAGAACUGUGGGGGAUGAUUGAAUGGUGUGAGGUUGUUCAUAAGGUUCCUUAUGGAUCUUCAAUUGUUCAUUGCUUGGCAGUGAAGGUGUGAUGGCCUGCUAUAAAGAUGCCUUGUAUGUUCCUUAUUUACUAAUACUCAUUGCUUAACUUUUUCAUUUGAUGUUCCAUGUAAAUUUUGUACAUAUGUUGUGUAAUCUGAUAAUUGGUUAUUAUAUAGAAGUUCAGUCAUUAGAUAUGUGAUAA